CAAUCGUUAUUUGUGUAGUUCGGGCACGUGGAACUUUCAGCCGUUUUAAUGGACGGACGAAGUGGACACUGACUAAACAUGGACGGUAACACCCAAGUAAAACCUUUGGACAGCACAAACAAAACGUUCCUAAAACAGCUCGCUAAACGUCUCGUUAAAGGUGUUAAUAAAGAUUUUUCUGACAAGAAUCUGAAGAAAUAUUUUGAGCGCAUCAUACAAGAGCUCCCAGAUGGUGAUGAUUUAAAAACAGCUGUUCUUCAAAACUCUACCAGCUGUCUUAAGUUCUUUAUUAGGUAUGUGCACAAGACUUCAUUGAAGAAAAAGGACACUAAUCAGUUGCCGGCGUCUAAUGGUGUAGAUCCAAAAAACAGUGCUGUUGCAGAACAUACCAAAACUAAGACCACUAUCAAGGACACAAACCACGUGGGUGAAAAGGAAAAAUGUACACAGUUUCCAAGUCAACAUUCUCUUGGUGCUCAAGCACUUUUUGUGGCACAGCAGCUGGAAAAAUCAACAAACAUAGAAAAGCUGUCGGAGUUUGCCGAUGCCUUGAUGAAUUCUUGUGCCUCUGAGCAAGGUGUGGACAAGUACUGCAGGUUGCUGCAGCUGAUGCCCGGUAAUGUCAGCAUCACUGUGCUGAAGAAAAUUGUGCAGAUGUAUUUCAAUGAGCUUCAGAGCACUACAGAAAGAAUUGUGGCAAAUCGAUCCAAAGACCAGGCUGCAGAAUGUGUUCACCAUCUUAAGAAAUUUCUUCAGUUGUGUCAUAUGAAGCAGCCAGCAAGUAAUUUGGGUGAUGACUAUCCCACAUAUACAGAUCUGGUGGCUUCUCUUAUUUCUCUUUAUUUGGAUUUAUUGCUCAUCAAGAACAGAAAUUCUGAGGAGGAGCAGCGGUCUGUGUGCGAGUUUGUCUGUUAUCUUAUGACAGAUGUUGGGACAAAACUCUUGGACGUCGUGCUUCAGGUCACAGCUGCUGAUCAGCAGAAUGGACAUCUGCUGUUGCCUCUCUUAAGAAAGAUAUUUCUGAAGAAGCCAAAGAAGAGCAGCCCAGAGAAUUACCUUCGCUAUGUUUUAGCAGUUCGCAUGUGGUCCAACUUGCUGCCUGUGCUGAGAGAUGUAAAAGAGAAAAGCAGGGAUCUUCCAGCUCCAAAAGGUGUUAUCCACUGGCUUCUAAAGAAAAGCCCUGCCCUUUCAGAAGAUUUGCCAACAGAUCGCAAGUUCAAGGGGCGUCUGGUCACAGCAUUUAUGUUGGAUGAUGUUGAUGACAACAUACAUGAUCGUCUGCUUGAUGUUUUGGUAGAGGUGGAUCGUAAGAAGAGUGCAUCAGACACAUUGGAGUUGGAGACCUCAGUGGCUACUUUAGAGGAAACAAGUCACUCACAGGCUGACAAAGAAUGGCCAGAUUUAGCAGUACAGAUAUCAGAGGCAAGGGAUCAGGAGGCAAGUGAUGAAGAUGAUGUAGCUGAAGAAAUGGUUGACAAGUCUGAAAGAAGAAAAGAUGCAAGAUCGUACUAUAGUAAAAUUCUUGGUGGAGAUGAUCUGUUUUGUAUUGACAGAGGUGCAAAGAGUAAACCUGAGGUUAAAACAAGCAUGUCAUCAGGUGAAAAUAAUGUGUCAAGAGAAGAGAGAAAGAAGAUUGAAGAUGGAGAAAAGAUAUCAGAGGUCAGCAGAGUGCCUGCUGGCAAAGAGAAUUUGUUCUGCAUUGACAGAGGCACCAAAGGGAUGCUCAAAAUUAUGCCAGAGGAAGUAAAGGCAGGAGAGGAUCAGACAGACAAUGAAGCUGAUCUCUUAGAAGAGGUGCAAAAUGACAGAGAUGGAGAGGAACGUUUGGGUAUUGAUUUAACUGCUGGUGAUGAAGUGUCAUACUUUCUUGUAAGUGGUACUAAGACAAUGUGUGACACUGCUGUGGAUUUGAACAAGUCAACAGGUGAAAAUAAAAAGCUCAAAAAAGAAAAGGAGAAAAAAAGGAAUAGCAAAGGUAAGCCAGUGGACAAAGCUGAUCUUCAUGCAGCAGCUGAUGAAGAAAAGCUUGAUGUAGGAAUGAAAGAUGAACCGAUGAGCCCAGAAAACAGGGGAAAAUUAGCAAAUCGAGAAGCUUUGAGCUUGUCAUGCACUGAAAUUGGUACAAAUGAGGAAGUACCAUUAUGUGUUGACAGGGAUACUGAGAAAACGUGUGACACAUUUGUGGAUUUAACCAAGUUAGCAGGGAAAGAUCAGAAGACAAAGAGUUUCCAGAGGGAAGUGGUGGACAGAACUUGUUGUAUGCAGCUGACAAUGUCAUUUUGGAUGUGAAAGAGCAAGGAAGACAUCACUGUACCUGGUGUGCGGGAAGAGAAUGAAAGUGGAGAGAGCAUGGAGAUAGACACAAGUGCUGUACCUCUUCAAGGCUCAUUGCAUGCGAAUGAUAAAAAGAUAAUGAACGAAAGAAAAACAGCAGAAAAGAGAAAAUGCAAAAGCAGUGCUGUGGGCCCAACUGUGGAUCAUGUAGGUGCUCUGAACAGGCUCCAUGCAAAUACUCGAGAAAAGCAACCAGAGUGGGAAAGAGGACCAGGGAUCAGAAGCCUGGCAAGCCAAAUGACACGUCUGAAUCUUCACUGGUAUCAGACACUUGCAAGCUUGAAGGGGUGAGCAGUGAUAUGACUACAGAAAACAAAGUUGAAGAUGGUUCUGAUGCUGAAGUGAGUGCAAGUUCACCACAGCAGCAAAGUGGACUUGUGCCCUUUGACACAAAGAUGAACCAAGUCCCUGCAAGCAGUGACAUUGUGGCUGAAAACAAAUGUUUGAAAAAAUCGCCCCAGAAAGUUAAUAAAGUUUCAUCCCCAGCUGUAUUAAAUUCAGAGCCACAGCAGGACUCGAAUGAUGUUGAGCUUGAUAAAGAAGUUGAUGUCAGAUUGUCUCCUCGCAAACAUCAAAAGCAGAAUUUGCGCAGGUCGAUGCCAGAGAAGGCACUUCAAUCACCUGGAACCUUUGAAAACAGUAAGGCUGUGGAAAAUGAAACAAGGCCUAGCAGUUUAGGUAAAUCUGCUUCCAGGUUGCUUUUAUCAGACAAAAAAGGCAGGAAUUUCUUAAGUAAGGAUAGUGAAUGUAAAGAAACCUCUCCAGCUCAAAUGCAGCACAGGCAGCCAGAGACUUCCUGUCAGAUGGAUGCUGGGUUCAAGAUAACAUCAAUUGCAGACCACUCACAAGUCAGUGCUUCCACUGAGGAUGCUUCGAGUCUUGUAUUUUUAACACCUUCGCUUAAAAAAUUCUCAUCACCUGGCAUUGCAAGAACUGUUGGAAGUGGAAGAAGGGACUCGUGUGGUGACAGUAAGAAAACUCCAAACAGUAAGCCCAAAAGUAUUACACCGGUCUCAAGACGAACUCGUGGCCAGCGGAAAAAACUUGAAGGGGAAACUCCCUCGACUACUAAUCAGACCCGUGAUGUUGCUAAUGUAAGAAUGUGGUCAGCCCAACUAGAAGAAAAAUCUGUCACCAAUUCAACAAGUAAAAAACUAUCAGGUAGACUUGGUACAGAGGAGAGUGCCAAAACGAAGAGGAAAGUGCCUCUCAGAAGGUUACCAGAAAAUGAUUCAGCGUGUGACUCUGUCGGUGAGACCAUGCCGCAAUCUAAAAAGCAGUCUGAAGGCUGGUGCUGAUGAUUUCACAAAAGUAAGGGCAAGGAAAAAAGACAUGGCUGGCAGUUUGGAAGGGUCUUUUAUCCAAGAACCACUUUCCAUAACACCACCCAAGAAAGCAAAGUUAUUGAAUGAAGACAGUGCUGUUAAGAAAUCUGCCAGAAAGAGGAAAGAACCUUCUAGAUCGCAGACAUCACUUUCAGAUUCAUCACCUGUAGAGAAGACUUCCAGUUCACCAGUUAAGUCACAUCGUAAAGCAAGAAAUGAAAAUACUUCAACUGAGCAGAAAAGACACAUUGGAUCUGGUAAUACUGAGUUGUCCCCAGGAAAGCAUUCACCAGCAAAACUGUCACCAGAAAAGCUGGCACACACCAUCUUGACAAGGUCAAAAGUCAAAGGGUACAAUCUUCGAGUCCAUCCCAAGUGAUUAGGUAGAUCAUUACCUGAUGAGUGACCUUCUGAAACAUCCAUCCUAGUUGUCAGGGCUGUGGUGUUUGUCAGAGAGCGGCAUGCCAAUGACUAACAGAUUUAUGUGAAUUUUGCUACACCCAACUGAGACUGUACAAAGGAAGACUGGCAACAGACUUAUUGUUAUUUAUGCAAAUGAUUAUUUUCUUUCAUUCUCUCUCCACAAGAGAAGAGUUUAUUUAAGAGGGGAGGUGGAAUUUAGAGAAAAAAAUUAUGCAGCCUUUUCCGGAUAUGUAAGCAGCUGGCAAGAAAAGUGGUGAUGGUUUUCAAUAUUGAGCUGCCACUUUGUCAAUUUGUUUGGGGCUUUUUAGCUUUUUUUAAACAUCUUCCUUUCUUGUAUGGCUAUUUUAACCAAGAAGGGGAGGAGUUUUUUAAGAGGACUCUGUUGAUGCUGGUGUCAGCAUCAAUAAACCUUAUGAAAAUGUU